UUUUGGUUGCGUAAAGAUCCCAUUGGUGAGUGGAUAAUUUGUAAGCAGUGAAAGAAGAAACAAACCGCGCACGAACUCUCUCGAAGAAACAAAACUUCCUCUAAAUUAGAAAAACUCUCGAAGAAGAAUCUCCCUCGCGCACGAACUCUCCUCACACGCGAACUCAUCUCUCUCACACCGACUUCAGCGUCGACAACGACUUCUUCUCCGUCAAAAGAUAAAGUCUAGGUAAAGAAGAACGAUUUUGUAUCAAACUUGGUGUUUCUUCCAAACAGGUGUUUCAUUCAGCUUUGUGAUGGCUUCUUGGGCGCUAGUGCGUUAAAUGGUUGUGCUGAUUUCGUGCUUGCAGACAUUGAAAUCUUUGGCUGGGGACGGUGAACAUAGCAGCGAAUGCCACCGUUGCAAUUAGUACUGCGACGACUAUUGUUGAGUUUAUUGCAUUGUUGAGUCCUUCUAUGUGCAUCUUGUUGAGUCAUGCUCGCCUCUUUCUCGAGCGACAGUUGUCUCUCACCCUCACUCUAGCCCGACAGUCUUCUUUGCCAGUCCGGCCAUCCUUUAGUCUCUCAUCCCUCACUCAUCACUCUCACUUCCCUUAUCGCGCGAAACACUCACUGACAGACAUGUCAAGCGGAUCUGUGAGACGUGUUUCUCGGGAAGAUAUCCAACUGGUACAAAAUCUGAUAGAACGAUGUCUGCAACUAUAUAUGAACCCAAAAGAAGUUGUGGAAACUCUGCUAGCUCAAGCAAAAAUUGAGCCUGGUUUUACCGAACUUGUUUGGCAAAAGCUUGAAGAAGAAAAUCAAGAAUUUUUUAAGGCUUAUUAUUUAAGGUUGCUGUUGAAAGAGCAAAUAACUGAGUUCAACAGGUUGCUGAAGGAACAAGCUGAGUUAAGUCAGCUACAAUCAACUGCAGUUGCUUCACUACCUAACUCUAAUGGUUCACGGAUUCCUCCGUUACCCCAGAAUCCAUCUUGCUAUGCCUCUGAGCAAGCCAGUGCAGCUGUGAAGCCAGAGAAUAUGCGACAUGCUCUUGAUUCCAGCCUGCAUGAUGUGUUUAAUAAUGGAGGGUCAUCGCUCAACACAAGUUUACGGGCUAUGGCUGAGAUGGCUUCUCGUGGCAAUAGGAUUGGCAGCCCACCAAGCAUGCUUUCAUCUCAAAGCUCAAGUAUGGGUUUGAUACAAGGAAUUAAUGGGAGGAUGAUAAAAUCAGAACCUGGAUAUUCAGGUAGUCCUCCUUACAUAUUUGGUCCUGAUGGCACUGUCAUGGAAACAUGCCCAACAAUUGGUAAUGCAGCGGUUACAUCGUUCCCUAGUGUAGACUCAAACUCUCAUUCUAUGAAUGGGGCACUCCUUGACCCAGACAUUUCUUCCUUUGGUGUUUUGGGGCAGAUUUCUAGAAACCUCAGUCUUUCAGAUCUGACUGCUGAUUUUUCUCAGAGUUCUGAUAUAAUGGAAAGCUAUCCAAGGUGUCCCUACCUGGGUACUACUAAUGAGAAUUUCCUUCAAAAUGGAGAACGAGGUUGAACAGCAUCCCUAGAAUGAAAUGUUUGUAAAUAGAAGUUUAGAAGUUUGACAUAUUAUGAAAUUCCAACGCUUCGGUGAACGUGUGUAUAGGAGUUCACUAACCUCAACCUGUGGUGAUGGGAAAUUAAAUUUGGAAUGGUUUGUAUGUUCUUAAUGAAUAAUGAAUUCCAAACUUGGUUUGUUUUUCGUCCUGUGUCGAUUCCAGUACAUAGCAUUGCAUAGUAAUUUUUUUCCUACUUUGUUUAUA